AUGGCAACUAUUAUUGUAAACAAUGAACACAUAAAAGAUAACUCUUGUGUAUUAAAAGAGCACUCUCACGGUCCUGAUCCAAUCAAAACUGAAUGUAAAAAAAUUAAAGAAAAUAUCAAAAAAGCUGCAAAAGAUUACAAAGAUCCACAUAAAAUUUAUCAAGAACAAAUAUCCGGUACGCCUUUAAUUAUUUCAUCUCAAAUAACUAAAAAUAUGUCAAAACUACUAAUUAAGAGACAAAGAAAAGGAGAAUUAACAGAACCGUGCUCUUUGAGAGAUUUAAACUUACCACCAGAGUUGAAAAAAACAUUAUCUGGACAAGAAUUUUAUAUUAAAGAUAUUGGUAGUGACACAGAUAAAAUUAUUAUAUUAUCUACCAUCGAAAACUUACGAUAUUUAAGUGAGUCUCAAUUUUGGUUGGCUGAUGGAACUUUCAAGUCUUGCCCUGGACUUUUUAAACAAAUUUACACGAUACAUGGAAAUAUUAAAAAAGGAAAUGGGACUAUUUGUGUACCGUUAGUUUUUAGUUUAAUGGUCAAGCAAACAGAAAAUGCGUACAGAACAAUGUUUUUAGAAUUAAAUAAUUUUGCUUUAGAAAAUGAUAUAAAUUUAACAAGAAAUUCUAAUUUAGAAAUUAUAACAGACUUUGAAAAAGCAGCCAUUAACGCGAUAAACGAUGUAUUUCCAUCCGCUUUUCACUCGGCUUGUUUUUUUCAUUUCUCACAAAAUAUAUACCGACAUAUUCAAAAAGAAGGUUUGGCAACGAAAUACAUCGAAGAUUUCAAUUUCAAUCUACUUUGUCGCCAUCUUCCAGCAUUGGCAUUUCUCCCUAUAACAAAGGUCAUCGAAGGUUGGGAAAAAAUUAAACCAUUAUUUUCAAAUGACGAUCGUGAACAAAAACUGUUGGAAUACUUUGAAUCAACUUACAUUGGAAAACCAUUCAUGAGAUUGCGUGGACGAACCCGAAAACCUCCGAUGUUUUCUUUAGAGUUAUGGUCAGUUGCUGCACGUGUGGAGGUUGAAUUGCCACGAACAACUAACAUUGUUGAAUCAUGGCACAGUCGCCUGAAUAAGUUAACAUCCAGGAAGCCAGGUGUAUAUAAACUGAUUACCCAAUUUCAGCACAUUCAGAACGAGACAGAAAGUUCGAUCGAACAGUUAAUUCAAAACAGAUUUCCAAAAAAGUUCAAAGAGUCCAAACAACAACGAGAAGAACAUGAUCAUAUAGUUAGUAAUCCAAAAUUACCAUAA